ACAAUGUAAGUCUCUCAAUUUCUGUCUCUAAAUUGAAUUUUCAUGGCUUGUUACUCUCCCUUUGCUUCUCCUCUGUACCCAAAAAACCAAAUCCAGAAAAAACCUCAGAAAUCCUCUAUCGAGCAACAGGUAUCCUUCAAUUCCUUGUUAAAUUCAUAGCUCAAACUGCAGUGGAGAUGUUAAUGAUGAUAAAACCAAGAAUCCAGUUCAAUUUUAUUGUAAUUCCUCUAACUCUCACUAUAAUCUCCACUUCCCUUCCACGAAAAUCCCAGGCAGCAGCUAAAGUGUUUGAUAGGAAAAGGGCCCAGAAGAAAACCCAAGAAGCAUUGAUGCCGGAGCAGCUGAAAUCAUGGUUAAAGAAGCUUCCCGAUGUGUUAAACCACACUGCAUAUACUGAGAUAUUGAGUUUGAAGAAUGAGGGAAAGCUUAAACAUGUGAUUAAACCUUCUAACGUGGGUUUGGGGAAAGUGGCAGAGCCAAUUUUGGUUGUUGUAGUGGAUUAUAGGGUGUUGAGGAUUGUUUUGCUGUCCUUAGAGAGUGAUAGGAAGUUCUGGGAAUCAUGGGAUGCGUUAAAGAUAGGUCCUUUGUGUGUUAAUGCAUAUUCACCUCCUGUCAAGAGGCCGGAGCUACCUGCCCCAUAUUUGGGGUCCUUGUGGAGAGUGGCUGCAUUUAUGUCGUCAUGGUUUGAACCCAAGAAAGAGUCAAAAAAGACUGCAGAGUUGAGGAAGGCAAGGAUGGAACAUGAAAAGCUAAGGAAGGUGGACUUGGAAAGAUUGAGGAGGAGAGGGAUGUGAUUGAGAAGACAAAAGCAAUACAGAAGAAACAGGAUAAGAGUUUCUUGGUGUUUUUAUUUAUUUAUUUAAUUUUUUUUUUGUGAUAAAUUUAAAUUUUUAUU